ACAAACACAUAAGUAUUCAAUCUCAAAGGAUCUCUGUUUCAUUAUAUUUCUGCUAAUCAAUCAACACAACAGCAUGAGCAGGGACACCGAUAGAUACAGGGGCCUGAUCAAUUGGCGGCAGCCUGGCUAUAACUAUGGUGCUAAUUAUGCCAAUGAUUCAAGCUACAGCCAACCAGUCCUAUCCCGUCCUCUUUCCUUCCAUGCUCCUGCUCUGCUUCAGGAUGGAGGUAGCAGCUGGGGUGCAACGGACCCAAGGCAGACGCACGGCGAGUGGGGAGUAACCAGACCUUUCAACUUUCCAGGCUUCUUCGAACAACAACGUUCCCCAAUUCGAGUUGUGGUGCAUGAAAAUGGGCUGGUAAGAGAGGUAAAUCCCAGCCGUAGGCUGGAGCCUCGGUAUAGGGCGCAACAAGAAGAUUAUUCUUCUUCUAGACUGACAAAAGAUGAGCAAAAGGAGGCACUGAGCAAACUAAGGAAGGAAGUCUACAAUCCAACCCCCGAGAAGAUGACAAGGAGACUAAACCUCUACUAUAGAGGAAGUUACAACGGUGAAGAAGAGAAGGCGAAGGAAAAAGACGAUGAGGAAGGGAAGAGGUGUGCGGUUUGCUUGGAAGAUUUUGUGGCCAAGGAGGUAGUGACGGUCACUCCUUGCAACCAUAUGUUCCAUGAGGAAUGCAUCGUGCCGUGGGUGAAGAGCCACGGCCUGUGUCCUGUCUGUAGGUCUGUGAUCAGUGAUAGAGCCCGGGAAAGCAGGGUAGGAGCUCCUCGAGAGGUUGUGAAUUUGGCAGCCAGUGAUCUGUUUGCUAGCGAGUUGAUUUCCAUCAUAAGAACCAUGGAGGAGGCUUUCUUGUGGACCAAUAACCGCUGAGAUGUAAUAUUAGUGGUGUCCAUCGAAGUUAUAUAUCUAUCAAAUUGUGUCACUCGCUCAGUUAAUUGUAUUACUUUUUUUUUUUUUGGUUCAAUUUUAAUAACUCUAGUUUUUAUUU